UUGUGGACCUCGGACUAAUACUGUGUGCGAUCCUCUUCAGUUGGGCCUCUAAAUGUGCCAGAUUGUUUAUAGAAGUUUCCGAUUUUUUUAAGAAAUCGGUUUUAGUCAAUAUAACAUUGGUUGUCCGCUUAGAUCGCCGAUUAAUCAGCAACUAUAUACGACAAAAAAAUAAAUCAGCAGCAAUAUUUUAGGAUCUCUUUAGGGUUCAAUUCUUAUCUAGCUACGGGCUUAAAAAUCAGGCCCAUAUUUGAUUUAGCUGAGAGGGAAACCACAAGUCGAGGUUAUAUUUGUCAUUGCAAAUAUUUGUCAUUGCAAGUGAAUUGUUAACACAAAAAAAAUUAAAAUUAAGGAAAUAUAAACUGUUGCAACUUGCAUCACCAUCGUUCUUAAGGUGGUCGAUAUACUCUUCCUUUCGGUCCCUCUAUUUCCCCAUUCCUCCAUUCCUGAUUCCUUUUUAGUAUUUUUUUUUAUAAUCGAUUCUUCCAUUUUUUAGGGCUUUUGGACUAUCAAAUCAUGCCGAUAAGUUUGACUCCCAACGCCAUCACGGCGAUUAAAGCAGGCGACGUAAAUUUGAAGCCUCUGUUACAGGUUUUAGAUAUCAAACUGAUAGGAAAAAGUCAGGAGAGAAGCAAGGAUAGGUACCGUUUGCUGAUUUCAGAUGGUAUCUCAGCUCAAUAUGCUAUGCUCGCGGUUCAGCUCAAUGAUCGAGUCAAGUCGGCACAGGUUGAGAAGGGAUCCAUUGUUCAGCUGAUUGAUUACAUUUGCAGCGACGUUAAAGGCCGCAACCUUAUUGUGGUGCUGAACAUGGAGACCAUAGUACCACAUUCUGAAACUAUUGGCAACCCCACAAUGUCUGCAGAUUCAGAUACAAAAGCCCAAAACCCGCUCUCAGAUCUGGGCAGUAUAUCGCCUACAAAUAGGUUUGUUUUUAAUGAGCCGUCGAUCCAGCAUUUUGUUAAUAAAGCACCUUCCGGGGGCGUAAACAUUCAAAAUCCAGUCAACAAUACUCCAACUUUCAGGCCAUCUGUUCAACCUUCAUAUCAACCACCUCCAAGCUACAGAAAUCAUGGACCCAUAAUGAAGAAUGAAGCUCCAGCUCGAAUCAUCCCUAUUGCUGCUCUCAACCCAUACCAAGGUCGGUGGGCUAUUAAGGCUAGAGUAACUGCAAAAGGAGAUAUCAGACGAUAUAAUAAUGCCAAAGGAGACGGGAAAGUUUUCUCCUUUGACCUGCUUGACUCUGAUGGAGGGGAGAUUCGUAUUACUUGCUUUAAUGUUGUUGUUGACCGAUUCUAUGAUGUUAUCGAUGUUGGCAAGGUCUAUUUGAUCUCAAAGGGAAGUUUGAAGCCUGCACAGAAAAAUUUCAACCACUUAAAGAACGAAUGGGAAAUUUUUUUGGAGUCAACUUCGACUGUAGAGCUUUGCCCUGAUGAAGAUGGCUCCAUACCAAGGCAGCAGUUCUCCUUCCGUCCUAUAAGUGACAUUGAGAACGCUGAGAACAAUACGAUACUCGAUAUCAUUGGAGUUGUGACUUCUGUGAAUCCCUCAGUGCCAAUCUUGAGAAAGAAUGGGAUGGAAACCCAUAGGAGAAUCCUGAAUCUGAAGGAUGAAUCUGGUAAGGCCGUAGAAGUUACGCUAUGGGGAGAAUUCUGUAAUCGAGAUGGUCGGCAACUCGAAGAGUUGGUCGAGUCAGCUUUUUUCCCGGUUUUAGCAAUAAAAGCUGGUAAAGUGAGUGACUUCAGUGGGAAAUCAGUUGGGACUAUAUCGUCAACACAGCUCUUCAUAAAUCCAGAUUUUCCUGAAGCGCAUAUACUGAGAAAUUGGUUCGAUCACGGGGGGAAAGAUACUGCCUCCUCUUCCAUUUCCAGAGACAAUAUGCCUGGAGGAGGUUCGAGGAACGAGAUAAGAAAAACUGUUUCUCAGAUCAAAGAGGAAGGUCUUGGAAGAUCAGAUAAGCCUGACUGGGUCACUGUGAAAGCAACUAUAUCAUUCAUCAAAACCGAUAGCUUCUGUUACACAGCUUGUCCUUUGAUGAUUGGAGAUAAACAAUGCAACAAAAAGGUGACACAGACUGGAACAAACAUGUGGCUCUGUGACCGGUGCAACCAAGAGUCCGAGGAAUGCGACUACAGAUACCUACUUCAGGUGCAGAUUCAAGACCACACAGGAUUGGCUUGGGUUACCGCGUUUCAAGAAUCCGGUGAAGAGAUCAUGGGUUGUCCGGCUAAGCAGCUUUACAGCCUGAAAUACGAAUUGCAGAAUGAUGAAGAAUUCGCAGAGAUUGUUAGAAACAGACUGUUUCAUCAGUACAUGUUGAAGCUGAAGAUCAAAGAAGAAUCGUACGCGGAUGAACAAAGAGUGAAGAUGACCGUGGUGAAGGUAGAUAUGGUUAAUUACAUAUCCGAGAGUAAAUACUUGCUCAAUUCGCUCGUAAGGUCUCUAUAGAGAUCUCAGUAACUCUCAAUUAAUGCAAAAUCGAGUUUAGUUUUUCGAUCUUAGUACAUUACCAUAUAAUGUAAUUUGAGCUUUACGCUUUUUCCGAAUCCCAUUUGUUUAUGGAUUCAUCAAGAGAAAUUCAGGAAAUAAGGAGUUUUUUUUUA